AUGCCGUUCGAGUUCAUCGACAAUAAUGCGUUCAUCGAUCGCAAGACUCGAAAGCGCAUUCGCAGUCUUGUCGCCACUGGAAAGAAUGCAGGCAAAACCGUCGUGCGCCCCUCCAGGAUAAAAGCAUUCAAGGAGCAGUCCAAAUAUCCUACAGCGUUCUCCAGUGUGCCAGGAACAGUGGAGAUAAGGCGGCAAGAUUUAUCCUCUUCAUCGCCAGAUGAGACGACAUCGAGUCCUGAAAUCGAGCGGCCGAUCGGCGAUGAUCUAUUCUUUACCUUCACUUCGAAUCAGCUAAACCCGGCUUCUAGAUAUCUUGCUAAGAGAGCUAUCUCUUUUCUGAUGGCCCCGCGCCAUGCGUCUGAGCUGAACGAGGCCUUUGAGAAUAGUCUCACUGCUGGCCCGGCGCUAGCUAAAAUGAUGUUUGUAGAUGAAACGUUCUUUCAUUGCGCCAUCGCUCUAAGUACAACAGCAAUAGACAGUCUUUCUGAACAGUCGAGCCCUUCACGGGAUGCAAUUCACCACUUGUGUCACACACUUCGGCUGGUGAAUAAAAAACUGUCCGAGAGCAAGCUUGCUUCCAUGUCUACAAUCGCUACGAUUCUGAUGUUAGCUCAAUACGAACGGCAUCAAAGUGAACAAUAUCAAGGUCUUGUACAUUUAAAUGGAUUACAGAGGCUGAUAAGCAUGCGGGGUGGUGUGUUACAAGUACAAAAGGAGAUGCCAAUAUUGAUGCAAAAAGCGUUCAGGGUUGACCUUGAUUUUGCACUUUAUAUGGGCACUGCAACGACAUUCAAUGUCAGUCACGUUCUUGCAGGUCGCAUGGUUAUAUUUGGCCCAGCGAUUGACCCCCUCGAGCGUCUGCGAUCGCAAGUCAUCUCGUUACCGGGGCUAUCAGAGCAAUUAGGUGCAGAUCUUCACAAUGCUCUACUUGAAGCAAAAGCCCUUGCGGGACAGCUCAAUGAUGCAACUUCCUCAAACACGCGCAAAGUCAAUCUGUACACCUUCAACGCCAAUAUUCUUCUUCUCGGAUACCGAGUAGUCUAUAUAAGCUCACUUAGCCAGUCAUAUCAACUGAGCAGAAUUGAAAAUGCAAUUCAUCUCGGUCUCGCUAUAUUCGUGACGACAUUUAUGAACGGGCUGGACAGGAAGAUACCAAAUAUGCCAUUCAUGUCUGAACUGCUUCGAGCGCUAGUUAGAUUUGGCUUCCAAGACGAUCAUACAGUUUUAUUGUGGCUUCUAUUUCUUGGAAAUGCCACAGUUCUUGAUUUCACUGACUAUGAUUGGCUUGUGCCAAUGGUUGCAACAACGGCUUUGGAGUUAGGUCUAAAGAGUUGGGCCGAGGUUUUGAAGCUACUUGUGCGACUACCAUGGGUCAAUGCGCUUUAUGAUCGAUCGGGUCAAAGUCUUUGGCUACAAGCCUCGACGUACUACGCUACUCCGUAG